AGAUCGUCGGGUACGCGAUGGCGAGUCUUUUUGCGAAUAUAUGUUCUAGUCGGUAAUUCUUGUAAUAAAUCACUCUGAAAUUGUGUAAAAGGUUCACAAACGACUGUUUUGAUGGUUAAUGUUGACAAGUUCGCCAGUAAAAAUAGAACGUCUUCUUAGUAGCGAUAAAAAUGCGGCACGGUGUUUUGGUUUUAGUGAUUCUAACUUAUUUUCAUGAAGGGAAAAGCCAAGUAACCGAUAAGCAAUAUGCGCUUAUGCCAGAAUUGUUUUACAUGGACAACUUUGACCAGUGCAUGUUGCAUGGGGAUGAAGCUCUAUAUUGUUUUUUUACUUACGAACUGAAACCAACAACAGAUAAUAAUGUAAUUUGGAAUAUAAUUCAAAAUGUUAGUUCAAAGCCCGAAAAUUACAAUCACACUAAACUCCGUCAUGGAUUGUGCGUUCCAACAAGUUGUUCAAGGGAUUACGCGGCGUCGGGCUCUGAAGUGGAGGCCAUCCAGAACUGUUACAGCCGUAAAUUGGCUCUUUUGGGAUUAACUGGAAACGUAUCGGCUUUGGACUGCCAGACUAAUACGUCUAGGUAUCCGGUGGAUAUCUAUGAUUGGGCAGCGGGGGGCGUAUUUGUGCUAUACAUAUCUUUUUUGAUAUUCGCAUCCCUUUAUGAGAAAAUAGUUCUGAGAAGGUCGAUCCAAAAAAGCAAAACGACAGGUGGUAGAAUACUGGAGGCUUUUUCCAUUUUCAAAAACUGGAAAAGAUUGACGUCUAUAUCCGAAAACUCUGAUCAUAAAAAACUGAGAAUAAUUCAAGGACUUCGAUUCUAUACCAUGUUCUGCGUUAUUAUGUCCCAUACGUUGAUGGCUACAUUUGGUGGUCCAAUAGCAAAUACGCAAUACACUGAAAAUGUUACCAAAAAAUCUCUAAAUAUGCUUGUGGCUCAAGGCUAUUAUAUUGUCCAGACAUUCUUCAUUAUCUCGGCGUUCUUGUUUUCUUAUCAGUUUUUUAAUGUCAAAUCGCACCACAAAGAGAUCAAAAGCUCGUUCUUUUUCUAUGCAGCUUUCCUAAGAUAUAUCAGAAUAACCCCAACAUUGUUUGUAGUAUGGGCCAUACACAGUACUUGGAAUGUCCAUUUCUCUACAGGUCCAUUAUGGGAUGCCGCUGUAGGCAAAGAGUAUCGAAACUGUCGGCAAAAUGGAUGGACUAAUUUUCUGUUUAUCAAUAAUUACGUUAACACUAAAGAAAUGUGUUUACGACAAACUUGGUUUCUAGCAGCUGAUAUGCAACUUUUCCUAGCUGGAUUGGUAGUGUUAUUCAUAAUAAAUAAAUAUCCGAAAUCGAUUUACUAUAUUUUUGGUGUUAUUCUAACAACUGGAUUUGUAUUGCCUGGGAUUGUGGCGUAUGUCAAAGAUCACGAUAUUUUAUAUAGGCAAUAUCCAGAAAUUUUAUAUGAUUUCAAUUGCUUGAAAAUGCCAAUUUACUCAGACCUGGUUAUAUCUACCCAUACCAACAUGUUUGGAUUUUUCCUUGGGAUGUUAUUUGGAUAUUUAUUUUUCCAGUACAAAGACCAGGAUUUAAGACAGCAUAAGAUUUUGGUAGUUCUGUGGUGGAUCCUAACUUUUGGUCUAUGCCUAUCCACAAUUUUUGUUGCUGGUAUUUUUUAUGAUCCUAACUUCAAAUAUACAGCUCUGGACAGUGCUGUCUAUUGGGCCUGUGGUAAAAACCUCUUUGCCCUGGGUAUGUGUAUAGCUGUUUUGGGAUUGACACACCGUAUUGGCUGGUUUGUGCUGUGGCUAAUGGACAACGACAUAGUCCAAAUUCUAGGAAGGCUAACGUUUAGCUGCUAUUUAAUCCACGUUCUCUUUAUCCAAAUGAAACUCGGUUUUGUCCGGUAUCCCAUAUCAGCCAAUGAUACCAUGUUGUUUAUAGAGGUUAUCGGAGAUGUGGGCGUUUCAUACGUAGCUGGACUGGUACUAUGUCUUGUCAUAGAAAUGCCCAUCUCGGCCAUUCAGAAAAUGUUCCUGUCCAACACACCAAAACCAAAAAUAUCAGCCAAUAAAUAUAUAAAAGCUGUGGAUCUGAAUAAGCAGGAUGUCCGUCAAGAAGAAGCAGCUUCCACCAAAAUAUGAGAAAAAUGAACUGAAAAUUUAGAUAACGGUGUUGUUAGAUAUAAAAUAUAAUUGAAAAAAAAAACGGCGUUAGCGAUGACUGAAAUGACGAUCGCUGUCAUUUUAUCUGUACAAUUAUAUAGGGAAUAUCAUAGAUUGUCAUUUAUCAGCCAACUGGACGUCGUUUUUAUUCGAUCAUACGGUAUUAUAACUGCAAUAGUUUUUGUACUGACUUAGAUAUUUUAAGACUAUACAGGGUUGUUCACCA